CCAUCUGCUGUUAACGCUGCGUCAGGAUGUGGGUCGAGGAAAAGGCCAAACCGGAGUCGAACCGGAGAACGGUCGGCAUGCGCCAGCAUUUUGUUAAUGGUCUGGUCUACUGCACUGGAGACAUGGUGCACUUCAGCCGGUACAUGGAGGACAAGGCCUUCAUUUUCCAGCUGGUUGAGUGGAGUAUGCGGGGUGUAGCCAGGGUCAUCCUGGCCAACAACCCCCUGAGUGGUGUUCUGAUCCUGGGAGCUCUGGUCUGGGCCUCCCCCUGGCAGGCUCUACUGGGGACCCUGGGUCUACUGACCUCUACGCUCACUGCUGUUAUCAUAGGACAGGACAGUGAGGAGGUAUCCGGAGGACUCCAUGGGUUCAAUGGGAUGCUGGUGUCUCUGUUGAUGGGGGUGUUCAGCUCUGCAGGAGACUGGUACUGGUGGCUGCUACUGCCUGUCUGUCUGGGGGGAGCUACCAGUACGUUCCUCUACAGUGGCCUGGCUCCCCUGCUAGAUAAGUGGGACCUACCUGUGGCUGUGUUCCCCUUCAACAUGGUGAUCCUGCUCUACCUGGCCUGUACUGGUUCCUCUAACCCCUACUACCCUCACCACCCUGCCACACCACUAGGGGAGCUAGAGAGCAACGCUACCCAGCUCAGCCUCACUCAGCUCCUGCAGGGGGUGCCGUUGGGUGUGGGUCAAAUUUAUGCCUGUGAGGACCUGGGCCCCUCUGUGUUGAUCCUGGGAGCGACGCUGCUCUACUCACCUCUACUGGGCUCACACGCCCUGCUGGGCUCUGGGGCCGGCACACUCGCAGGUGAGUAG